GGGGAGGGCGAGACGAUCAACCUGUACAUCAAGGACCCGCAGGAGGCGCGCCUGGGCGUACGCGUCAUGGACGAGAACGUGGCCAAGGCGGACGAGCUCCUGGGGGCGGUGGAGAUCGAGCUCGGCCCCAAGAUCGGGGGCCCCACCUCUGGCGGGCUCCUGGGCGCCGUGGGCGCCGCCCUGGGCGCGAGGGAGCCCGUGGUGUGGAACGGCUCGUCUCGAAGAAGGAGGAGGGCGCGAUGGGGCCUCAUGGGCCUGGGGGCGGCCGGCGCCGCGGUCACGGGCGUGGCCACCGGGGGCGCCUCCUUCGUGGCGGGGGCCGCCAUGAUGGCCGCCAAGGCCCUGGCGCCGGCGGCCGAGUCUGGCACACUCAACCUGCAGCUCAGGUACGCCCCGCUCACGGCGAAGGAGCCGGAGGGCACCCAGAAGGUGGUCGUCGGCGCGACCGAGGGGGUGGACUGGGGCCAGCUGGCGCGGGAGGCCGGCGGCAUCGCGUCGGCGGUCGACUCCUACGAGUGGCUCGGCUUCGUCACCCACCGCGAGACGCUGACGCAGGCCGGGCUCUGGAGGAACUCCAGGACGAAGAGCCUGAUCGUGGCGUUCCGAGGCACCGAGAACCUGCAGAACGUCGUCACGGACGUGAAGAUCCUGAAGACGCCUUGGCAGGGCGGCGACAGCGAGAAGCCUAGGGACCCGCGGGAGGCGUCUGCACAACAUUAA